AUGGCUGCCUCAAGUAAUAACUGGGUAAAACUAAAUGUCGGUGGAACUUACUUUUUAACGACGAAACAAACGCUCUGUAGGCAUCCCAACUCCUUCUUGCAUAGGCUUUGCGCGGAGGAUCCAGAUUUACCCUCGGAUAAGGUAAGGAAAGCUUGUGUCGUGCCAAAUGUUCGUGAUGUCAAGCUCGCAGCUAACCGGUGGACAUUUUGACAUCUACAGGAUGAACGCGGAGCGUAUAUGAUAGAUCGUGAUCCUCGUUAUUUUGGACCUGUUUUAAACUACCUUCGGCAUGGAAAGCUCAUAAUCGAUAAAGACCUGCUGGAGGAAGGUAAUAUAAAUGUGCACGAAUAUCUUUUGAAUUUAAUUUGCUCUGACUGCUAACACAAGCCCUCUCUAGUUCUCCCAGUUUGAGUUUACGCCUCGGUAUUUUCUAUGUAAACAUAAAGUUUUGACGACACGGGUUUGCAGCUUUUCUUUUAUAGUGCCUUUAUUUAAAUCGCUUUGUGGCAGAGCUGAAGUAUUUAAUUUCCUCUGCGACUCUCAAGUAGCUGGACUGCAUAUAAGAAUUCAGGCUGACAUCGAUUUUGUACGGUUCAAGCAAUACGUAAGCCUUACAUGUUAGCUAAAUGGGAAACAAAAAUCGGUAAAUCUAAAAGCUUUUCCUUACCUUUUCAAAUGCUUCCUGUCGCAGUAAAAGCUAUAAACUCCGAUGAUGUGUGUGAAAGGUUUAUCAGAGAAACAGACGCACAAAUGUUUUGACUUCGUGAAACAUACGACACCCUCCAUAAAAGUAUUGUUGACUUUACAGCAAAGAAAUUUCUUACGUUUCACAACCUUUCCGUGUAUCGUUUUUCUCCAUGAAAAGGCAGUUAUUCCAAACUUCAUUGUUGCUGGCGUGCUGAAGUGCAAAGCAGAGAAAAAAAAUUGAGAUUUGCAAUGAUUAUUUCAAUUUUUUCAGAUCGGGAUGAAGAAUUUUGAUUAAUAUCUGCCAAGUUUAAGAUAACUUGAGCGUAUGGUUGUAAUACUAUACUCUAAAGUACACAACAUGUUUUACUACAAAAAGUAGGUAUUUUUUGUGUAACAGUCAUUCACAUCAGGGCAAAAGUAUGGCUUGCUGUAGAGAAUAUUGUCAAAUAAAAUGAGCAAUCUUUUUACUGAAUAACAUUUGUAGGGUAAUAAAUUCAGAGGCUUCAAUAUUUCAAUACAGCAUUAGGGGUUGUCACGUUUAAUUAUUAUUUACUGACAGUUUUAUUUUAAUUAGCAUGUAACUUUAUGUCAUUGCUGUGAAGAUUGAGAGAAAUUUUAAAAAAAUCCUUCCUCUAAUGCUCUUUUUUUUUGUGUGUGAAGUUGAUUUAACUUAGCCUUUUGUUCAUUGUGGUCAGCAGUUUAUUUUCACAGCUGUGUCUUCUUUUGUUUUAAUGAAAUACCUAAAAAUGGUGAUUCUGUUCUGACUGGUUGUGUCGUUUGUCUCGCAGUACUAUCCACUACCAUGGUCAUGUCAAGUCCAACUAUUUUUGACGGGACUUCCAGAUGGCUUGAUUGACCACUAGGCCACACAGCCCACCACCCCCUCCCCUCUCUUCUAUACAGUUUCAGUGUAUAUCACAUGUACCUGGUAGUUGUUCAGGUUCAAGCCUUGCAAUUAGGUUGUUCUCUAGGACAAGAGACAAUGUUCCUCUUUGUCUCUCCUCUGAAGGCAUGGUAGCCAAAGAUUUAAAAAAUCACAAUGCGGAUCUGUAUUUCUGAGUUCUGGCCUUAUUGUCAUUCCUUUUUUUAACCUUAGACAGCGAGCUUUGUUCCACUUUCUCUAACUUCACCCAAGUGUUUAACAUAUACAUGCUGCAGCGGGUAACCCUGUAAUGGACUAGCUUUUUAUACAGGGGGAAGUAGCAAAAUGUCGAGGUGCUUCAGGCUACAAAAGCUGUGUUACAUUCUGGCCAUGUGGACCUGGGCCCAUGUUUUACCUUUGAUUUACCCAGCAACAGAAAAAAUUUGCUUAGUGUGUGUGGAUCAUUGACAGUUGAAAAAGGUUUCCAACCUUCCUCAUAUUUAUUUUUGUGGUAUGACAUUAGUAAAGGCUAGUAAUAAUCUCUUGUUAAUGUAAUUCUGCCAGUUUAGUUUCUUGUCAUGUUUAUCUGGAGAUUAUGUAAUGUUUCUUUCACUUACAUGUAUUUGCACAUACUGUUGGUGGUAGUUUUAUGUUAUUAACAGUUUAGGUGGGAUGGGUUGGAACCCUCAGGAAGGGAGUGGAGGCUAUGCUAAAAUGUGUUCUGAGAGAAGAGUUUUUCAGUAAUGUUUUAUUAUUAUUGUUAUUAUUGAAAUAAGCUUAAUUUGCAUGUGAAGGAAAACUUAUUUUCAUAUCAGUGAUACAAUGAUAAUUACCAGGACACACUUUGAAAACAAAGCUAAUGGUAAUUUGAGAAUGGCAUUUUGGACAACCAGUACACUUCACAAUGUUGUUUAUGUCUUGAUUAAAAAAAAAAACAGAAAAAAAUAUUAAAACUUAUUUUCAUAUGAUGCCUGGAUUAGCACUGGGACAUACUUUGAAAAGAGGCUAAAAGUAAUUUGGGAAUGGCAUUUUGGACAACCAGCAUACUUCACGCUGUUGUUUAUGUCUUGUUUUUCAGGUGUUUUAGAAGAGGCAGAGUUUUAUAAUAUUGAUCCUCUUGUUAAAAUUAUAAAAGAUAGGAUACAGUCAAGAGAUUCUCGACUAAAACCGGCAGUAAGUCUUUGUUACCAUAAAAAUAUUAUUCUGUUUUUCCUCAAAAAUUUAUUUUCUUAUCUAUUAAACACCAUGAUCAUUGUAUGUAAAUAAAAAUAAUAUAUAUUAUUUUUAAUAUCUAGUAAUAGGGGAUCUAUUUUUUUCCCGGCAAUCUUAUAUAGUUGGAUUUAUUUUAAAACUGGCCAACCAGAAGCAAAAAAUCCAUCUACCUGCAAAGAUAUGACUAUCUCUAUUUUGCCUUGUUUCUUUAAUGUAUAUGUUGUGGCUCAAUUUUAUCCUUGGUUUAAGUUUUAUUUCCUUUAUUUUAAAUCCAUUACCGGUAUCAUACAUUACCAUACCCCAAAACAUAGGGAAAUAAAAUUUGAACUAUUGUAGCAUUCUUAUAACUUGAAAUUUUGUAAAAUAUAGCUAACCAUAGGUAGGUUGAGUUUGAUCAUCCGGGUGAACGUAGUGCUGAAUAGGACUGUUGUUGUUGACGGUGACUGAGAUUUCGACAAUUCAGUCCUAUUCAGGACUAGGUUCACCCGGACAAUCAAACUCAACCUACUUUUGAAAAUAUUAAUGUCUCCUGGGUUCAAAACCUUUCACAUAGCUAACCAUGUUGAAAUACUGGUCUAAGUACACCUUGUGUCAUUCAAAGUUCUGGUUUGUGGUCAAAUUACUUUCAUGUGGUCUUGUUUUUGUGUACCUCUCUAGAGGCACUAAUUAACAAUUUUUCCUCAAGCCCGAAUGGGCUCUGAGUCAAUAGCCCAUGAGGCCGAAGGCCGAAUGGGCCAUUGACUCAGAGGCCACGAGGGCAAGAAGAAUAAUUGUUUUAGUAAAAUCCAACUAGUUGGUAAAAAAUAUCGAGACAAAAUGACUUCAGCUAGUUAAAGCUAGACUUUAAACCUUUGUUGUUGCCAAAAAGCCGGCGCUUUUCGCUACUAGUGGGCUAUAAUAUAUAGCCUAGUAGUAGCUCAACCAAUCAGAAUGCAGCAUUGUUAAUAGACCACUAGUUGGAUUUUACUAAAACAUUUUAUAGUACUUUGCAGUAUUACAAAAAGCAUUAAUAGGCACCAUGACCUUGUACUAUAGACAACCAGAUACAGCAGUCAAUGUUGUGUUGUUUUAUUUCCAGCUUCAAUCGAAAAAACAUGUUUACAGAGUAUUACAGUGUCAUGAAGAUGAACUUACUCAGAUGGUUUCUACAAUGUCAGAUGGCUGGAGAUUUGAACAGGUCAGGAGAAAAAAAAAUUGGUUUGUGUUUCUGCAAUAAGGAAAUAUCCAUAAUUUAUUACAAUGUGCACUCCCUGCUGUGAGGGGUGUUCUUCACUUUGGGCUUAUCACCUUGCCAUGGUGAUAAAGUUUGCUUGUCUUAAGGCUCCUAAGAGAUGUGCCUGCAGAAUUGAACCCUAUUAGGUCCAACCAUCAGGGGCACCCAACGUCAAUUUUCGGAAAAUAUCUGUUCGGAAGACGAUUUGAGAUCUGGAAUUUUCGGAACAUUGUUGUAAAAUUUCUUGCUUGCCUGCCUCUCCUAGGAUUUUCAAACAUCUAAAAAAUGCUAUAAUUGCCUAUUUUUAACUGAGUUUUACCCUAAAAAGGUUACCUAGAAUUUUCUGGAGCCUUUUUUCUGGCUGAAAUUUUCGAAAAGGUAGGUUUUGAUCUCUACAGUUUUUGGAUCACUACGCUUUUAGCUAGGAAAUCCGAACAAAUGAAAAAUUCUUAGCGGAUAAAAAUAAUCCUGUAUCUACCGUUUAAAUACUAAAAUAGUUUAACAAUGCUAUGUUUAAGUGGUUUUGAACUAUACUCUCGUUGGGUGCCCCUGAACUAUGUUGGUUAGAACUAAGGACAGCUCGUGGCUCCCAUGCUGGGCAUUUGGCAAGGUACCAAUUAAGUUCUCCUCUUUGUUAAAAAAUUGUUGAUUGGGAAUAGGGACCUACUCUGUUCACCACUAGGGGUAAAGGAACUAGUUAUGUUGACAUUUGCUUUUGUGGCAGAUUUAGCUAUGUUGAUUAUAGUUUUAAAUCAGUUACAGGAUAUCCACAGCUCCCUAGGAAAGCUGAAUGUAUAUUAGGCUUUUGUGGACAUGCCCUUUUCAGUCAUUAAGGUCUGCUUGUUUGCAGUUUUUGUUAAUAAUCUGCCGUUAUAAUAUUAAUAAUUUACCCCUCCUGUAUGAUGUUUCCCAAGGUAUUUUGUUUUUUUCGUCUUGGGUUGUGAUCGUGUUAAUAUUCGUUUUUGCAGUUAAUUAGUGUUGGAAGUAAUUACAACUAUGGCAGUGAAGAUCAAUCAGAAUUUUUAUGCGUAGUGUCAAGAGAUGUUUCUGAUUCACAAGAGCAAGGUGCAACAGGAACUGAACAAAGUGAUAAGGCAAAGGUGACUGAAAAGGAGGAUUUAUACUAA